AUGGCUUUCAGGCUUACGACGGUUUGGUUGCUGCUGUUGACUUGCUCUGCGUUCGCACAGCACCCACUGAAGCUGCUCUCGUACAGGACCGGUGGCACAACCUGCGCGACGGGAUCCGUCUGUACCAAGCAAAAUGACUACUAUUCGCAAUGUCUUCCGGGUGUCGCCAAUUCUACCCCACCAGCCACCUCUGCGCCUGCCACCUCCGUGCCUCCGACGAGCCCUACGGGUAGCUCUCCAUCUCCAACCGGAUCGGCACCUGCUCAGACCAGCGUGGCGAACAUUUCGCCCGAAUGGACGGCGGCAUACAGCAAGGCGAAGGCCACUGUCGCGAAGCUCUCGCUGACGGACAAAGUGAACUUGGGAACAGGUGUUCAAUGGCAGAAGGGUGCCUGCGUCGGUAACACGCCCGCCGUUGCGUCUAUCCCUGGAUUUACCGGGCUGUGCCUGCAAGACAGCCCGGUUGGUGUGCGCUAUGCCGACAAAGUGUCUGCUUUCCCUCCGGAAAUCAAUGUGGCGGCUACAUUCAACCGCACCUUGAUGAGAGAGCGCGGCGCUGCAAUGGGCUCCGAGUUCAAGGGUAAGGGUGUUCACGUCGCCCUCGGGCCUAUGAUGAACCUUAUGCGCGCACCUGCCGCGGGACGCAACUGGGAAGGAGGAGGAGGCGACCCCUUCCUGUCGGGAGAACUUGCGUUCGAGACUAUCACCGGCAUUCAGUCCGUCGGAGUCCAGGCGUGCGCCAAGCACUACAUCAAUAACGAGCAAGAACACUUCCGCGACAGCAGCUCCUCCAACGUUGACGACAGGACGGAGCAUGAACUCUACUCGUACCCUUUCCUUCGUAGCGUUCAGGCCAACGUUGCGUCGGUCAUGUGCAGCUACAACCAGAUCAACGGGACGUACUCUUGCGAAAACGACAAGACCCUCAACGGCCUUUUGAAGGGAGAGUUCGGUUUCCAAGGAUACGUUAUGUCGGACUGGUGGGCCACCCACUCUGGUGCCCCGGCUGUGAACGCCGGUCUCGACAUGACCAUGCCCGGAGACACCGCUCUUGGCUCCGGACAAACGUACUUCGGACAGAACCUUGUCAGCGCCGUGCAGAGCGGCCAGGUUCCCCAAUCCCGCAUCGACGACAUGGCGACGCGUAUUCUUGCCGCAUGGUACCUCCUUGGCCAAGACUCCGGCUUCCCCGCCGUCAACUUCAACUCCUGGAACACCGGCCAGGGUUCCCACAUCGACGUGCAGGCCGACCACAAAAACUUGAUUCGCACCAUCGGCGCAGCGUCCACAAUCCUCCUCAAGAACACUGGCAACGUCCUUCCUCUGAAGGCGCCGAAGACAAUCGCGGUGGUCGGAAAUGGUGCGACGAACUCCUCCAAGGGCCCUAACGGGUACUCUGACCGCUCUGGUGACGACGGCGUCCUCGGCAUGGGCUGGGGCAGCGGCACGGAUGACUACCCGUACCUCGUCGCGCCCAUUGACGCCAUCACCGCUCGCGCGAAGAGUGACGGCACGACAGUUACGUCUUCGCUUACUGACACGGACCUGACCGGUGCCGCGAACGCUGCCAGCGGCAAGGACGUUGCGUUCGUCUUCAUCACGGCCGACAGCGGCGAGGGCUACAUCACCGUUGAGAAUGCGGCGGGCGAUCGCAACGACCUCAGCGCCUGGCACAACGGAGACGCGCUCGUCAAGCAGGUUGCGAGCGUCAACAAGAACACCGUCGUGGUCGUCAACAGCGUCGGCCCAAUCGUUGUGGAACAGUGGAUCAACCACCCCAAUGUCACCGCCUUGGUCUGGAGCGGUCUCCCGGGACAGGAGGCGGGCAACGCCCUCGUCGACGUCCUGUACGGCGCGUACAACCCCAGCGGCCGCCUCCCGUUCACGAUCGGCAAGGCCAUCACCGACUACUCCGCGCAGAUCACCUACACCGGCUCCGGCAUCGUGCAGAUCCCGUACAACGAGGGUCUCUUCAUCGACUACCGCCACUUCGACGCCGCUAACAUCGCGCCGCGCUUCGAGUUCGGCUUCGGGCUCUCGUACACGACGUUCGACUACUCGAACUUGAAGAUCAGCGGCUCCACGGCCGGCGGAACUCGUCAGCCCAUCGGACCCGGCGCAGCCCUCGACCCCUGGCUGCACGACCCCGUGGUCACCGUCACCUUCACCGUCACCAACAACGGCACCGUCGCAGGCACGGAGAUCCCGCAACUGUACACGUCGCCCCCGGCGUCAGCACAGUCCGCACCGCUGAACCUGCACGGGUUCGACAGCAUCUUCCUUGCGCCCGGGCAGUCCACGACGGUCUCGCUCACGCUCUCGCGCCUCGACUUCUCCGUGUGGGAUGUCCCGUCGCAGAGCUGGCAGAUCGCCAAGGGCGCAACCGGCAUCUCCGUCGGCGCGAGCAGCAGGGACCUGCGACUCAAGGGCUCCAUCACCAACUGAGUGUCCAAAUCCGCGACGUUCAUGGUGCGAAUGCGAUUAUAUGCGGCUCCCCUGAUGUAUAGUAC